AUGCCAUUCACCUACACCCCGCCUUCCUACGAGCUCCUCCUAAUCAGACCCCCACCCCCAAACCCCCCAGCAGACGACGGGUACAACCCACACCAAGUGAUCACCAACCUUCUCAUCCUAGCCAUCACCCUCCAGUCCAACCCCGACGAAUCCACCUUCACCCAGUGGCGCAACCAACUAAGCACCGACCUCGAGGGUCUAGUAAGUCACGCCCACCUCAUCAAACCCGCCGACCUACUCCCCCUCUUCGACCAAGGCAUCGCCAGACCCCUCGCACAAUUCACACAAUUCGACAGCCCACAAACCGGCAACGCAGCGCUCUGCUUCCGUGAGCGUCGCGCACGAAUCACCAACACCGCUCGCAGCCUAGCUAACCACUUACAAUCAGAACUUCGCUCGAAAGACGCCGUUGUCGAUGACCAGAGUCCUGAGAUGGUCGAAUGGCGCGAGGGUAUGCAACGUGAGCGGCGGAGACUAACCCGGGAACGAGCUCUGGAAAGCGCGUCCACGUUGAGGGAGGAAGUUGAAGUUUAUGGUAUUCCUCGAUCGCGGAGAGCCAGGAAUCAUGCUGCUGCUUCUUCGUUUACUUUUGCUACCGAUGGAGAUGUGACUAUUCACGAGUCGUUGAAGGUUAAUCUGUCGAUGCUUGCUGCGGCUGUUGGUUGUCUUUCGCUUCAUGGGCGAGAUGGAUCGGAUGCGUUUGCGAAUGAGGUUAGGAGAACUAAAGUUCCGCCCUUGGAUGAGUACUUGUUUUCUAAUGAGGAUUAUCUAGGCACGUUUUGGUCGCGGCUUACACCCCAUGAGGAACUGUGUGCGGCCUGCCGGUGUUUGCAGUGCAAGGAGUAUUUCUAG